AUGUUAAAGAAGAUCGGGGACCAAGAAGGCCAAGGCUCACAGGAGAAGCUCGGUGAAGCAGGCACCUCAAUACUAGACGGGGGCGAAGACUUUCCUUUUCUUUCUAUGUUCCCUCGACAAACCUCUCCUCCUAGUGGUUCCCAUAGCACGAGUCUGCCAAUGCCCGAAAUGCAGGGUGCACAUUCCGCAAAUGUUGUCAUCGUCAACUCGACAGAUCCUUCGUUUUUAGAACUAACAGCCAUAGAAACACACAACAAGAGUGCUAGUUCAGGGAUCUCUGACAGCGAUUUGGCCACUGUAACGCAUAAUGCCACUCUUCUUCACAAAAUCCCAGUAAUGAAGAGGCGAGCAUUUCCCCCAACAUCAGUCCAAGAGAUGACAAACUCAUUGAUAAGGAACUAUGCUGCAUAUCAUUCAAUGGUAUGUUCUUUGGUUUUAAGAAAUGCUCACGUAAAUAUAUGUAUGCAAAUAUAUAUAUACGAAGCUUUAUUUCUAUUGAGACUGCUCAAUGCCACCGUUGAUUUCAGAGACCUCGCUGGUCUUCACCACGUGAUCGAGAGCUUUUAGCUGUGAAAGCACAGAUUGAGAAUGCACCAAUCGUCAGGCAUGAUGACCAGCUUCAUGCGCCUGCAUUUCGAAACAUUUCAAAGUUUAAAAGGUAUGCAGCUAACAGAUGGAUGUUAGUCUGGUGUUUCUUGGGUGCGUUUUUCUCUGGGUUAAUGGAAACAUUGACACUUCUGCAUUUUUCUUAUAGUUGAGAUCACCAUCAUAGAUCACAAUGGCAAGCUUUCCUGCUUAAUAAUUUGACAAAGAUUGCGGUGGGAAGACAGAGAAACAUUAGUUAUGGUGAACGACCGAGAAAUGGAAUCUGAUUUCACGAAUAAAUGGACUUGCAAGUUAACUUUUCUAGGGGAUUUUAGCUUAUAGGAUCAUUAGACUCGGAGUAUCAUGCCGGUGGCCCUUUAUCAGAAAGUCUUUUUCAUGGUCCAUAUGAAGGAGACCCACGUUCCUGGCUCAAAAUGGCAUAAACCCUAAUCGGAUAUUCAGUCUCUAAUCGUCGUCUGACUGAGGCAAAAACCCUCUCUCUUUCUCUCUCUCUCUCUCUCGUGGGUUUUAGUUCCAGAUUUCCUGGAAUCUUUGUCCGAAAAUGGUUUUUUUCAUAGUCUUAUAUCAAACUCUUCUUGGGGUCUUUCGUUUAUUUUCUCUAUCAAUUGCCUGGAUCGCUUUACUGGUGCCAAGCCAAAAUUUUAUCGGACUAUUCUUCGUGCAACUUAUUUAUCUGUUCUUGCAGGAGCUACCAGCUAAUGGAACGAACGCUCAAAGUUUUUGUGUACAGAGAUGGGAACAAACCCGUCUUCCAUCAACCCAUACUCAAGGGCAUCUAUUCUUCCGAGGGAUGGUUCAUGAAGCUCAUGGAGGGAAGCAAGCGCUUCGUUGUGAGGGACCCCAGGAGGGCCCACCUCUUCUACAUGCCCUUCAGCUCCCGCCACCUGCAGUUCGCAGUAUAUGUGAGGGGAUCCCACAACAGGACGACCCUGAGGGCCUACCUGAGGAAAUACGUCGACUCCAUCGCGGCCAAGUACCCCUUCUGGAACAGAACCGACGGCUCCGACCAUUUCCUUGUCGCCUGCCACGACUGGGUACGCCUCCGGAGAUCUCGGAACCACCGCCCCAAAAUCUCUGACCACGAACCUUAACCAGGCGCUGACUUACCGCAGGCACCGUACGAGACGCGACAUGUCAUGGAUCGCUCCUUUAGGGCCCUCUGCAACGCGGACCUGGCCAACGCCUUCAAGCUGGGCAAGGACGUGUCCCUCCCGGAGACCUACGUCCGCUCGGCACGGGAGCCGCAGAGGGACCUCGGUGGCCGCCCCGCCGACCAGCGGCCCACGCUGGCCUUCUACGCCGGCAACAUGCACGGCUACCUCCGCCCAUUCCUCCUGCAGCACUGGGAGAACCGAGACCCCGACAUGAAGAUCUUCGGCCCCAUGCCCCGCGGUGUUCAGAGCAAGAUGACCUACAUCGAGCACAUGAAGAGCAGCAAAUUCUGCGUCUGCCCCCGUGGCUACGAGGUCAACAGCCCGAGAAUCGUGGAGGCCCUCUUCUACGAGUGCGUCCCGGUGAUCAUCUCCGACGGCUACGUGCCGCCAUUCUUCGAGGUCCUCGACUGGGAGGCCUUCGCCGUCUUCGUCCCCGAGCGGGAUAUCCCUCGGCUGAAGGAGAUCCUCACCGCCAUCUCCGAGGAGAAGUACCGGGCAUUGCAGGCCGGGGUGAGGAGGGUGCAGCAGCACUUCCUCUGGCACAGCGUCCCCGUCAAGUAUGAUCUCUUCCACAUGACUCUCCACUCCAUCUGGUACAACAGGGUUCUCAACGUCAGACCCAGAUGA